GGCUAUUUACGGAGGAUGAGUAUAUGAACUCUCGUACUUCCACUAUGGAUACAAGUCUGGUCUGCCAGAUUUUGUCUUCACUCCUUCUGACGCCAACAUGAAGGCUAGUCUGAUUUUCGUGGCUGCUGGGCUUGCUGUUCCUGCGUUGUGCGCAGCGCCACUUGUCUCGUCAAAUGCACUCCAGGAACUCAUCACGCUUGAAGAACUUCUUGCAGGUUCUCAGAAGUUACAAGACAUCGCAGAUGCUAACGGGGGAAAUCGAGCUUUUGGUGGUGCUGGCCACAAUGCUACAGUCGACUAUCUUUACACGACUCUUAUGGCACUGGACUAUUUCGAUGUAACCAAGCAUGCAUUUGUCGAGCUUUUUUCUGGAGGAUUUACCACUCUUUCUGCGGCUGGAGUCAAAUAUAAUCCCGGUCUUAUGACAUAUACACCCUCUGGGAAAAUCAACGCGCCACUUGUCAAUAUUUCGAAUCUGGGAUGCGCAAUAUCCGACUUCCCCGCCAGAGUCACUGGCAACAUCGCGUUGAUAUCUCGAGGUGAAUGCCCCUUUACCCAAAAAGCCGCCAACGCGAAGACAGCCGGAGCCGCUGCUGCAGUUGUCUACAAUAAUCAAGCCGGUCAGCUCUCCGGCACCCUCGGCGGGGUAGGGAACUACGUCCCCAUCGUUGGAAUCAACCAAACCGAGGGCAAUACCCUCCUCGCCGCCCUCUCAGCCGGUCAAGUCAUCGCAGACCUCGUCGUAGAAUCUAUCAUCGAAAACCGCACCACGUACAACAUCAUCGCCGAAACCAAAACUGGCGACCACAACAACGUCCUCGCCCUCGGUGGCCACACCGACUCCGUAGCCGCUGGUCCUGGCAUCAAUGACGACGGCUCCGGCACCAUUGGUAUCCUCAAUGUCGCCGUCGCGCUUUCUAAAUUCUCUAUUAAAAACGCUGUUCGCUUCUGUUUCUGGAGCGCGGAAGAAUUCGGAAAACUUGGGAGUUUCGCAUACAUGAAGAAGCUCAAUCAAUCCGCCGGCGAAGUCGCGAAGAUCCGUGCUUAUCUUAAUUUCGAUAUGAUCGCGAGCCCGAAUUAUGUGCUGGGGAUUUAUGAUGGCGAUGGGAGUGCGUUUAGUUUCUCUGGUCCGCUUGGGAGCGCGACUAUUGAGAAGGAUUUUGAGGAUUUUUAUAAGAGUAAGGGAGUAAAUUCUGUUCCGUCUCUAUUCUCUGGACGGUCUGAUUACGCGGCAUUCCUUGAAAACGGGAUUCCCUCAGGUGGGUUGUUUACGGGAGCGGAAAUAAUCAAGACGGCGGAAGAAGCGGCGCUUUUCGGUGGCGAGGCAGGGGUUGCGUAUGAUGUGAAUUAUCAUCAAGCGGGCGACAAUUUUGCUAAUCUUAAUCAUGAGGCGUACUUAUUGAAUACGCAAAGUAUCGCGAACUCGGUGGCGAAGUAUGCUCUGAGUUUUGAGGGGAUACCGGCGGUGAACAAAACGACGAGGAAGAGGGGCGCAGAAUAUCAUCAUUAUGUUAAGAAGUUUACGCAGAGUCAUAGCCAUGCAGGGCCGUGUGGGGAGCAAUCGGACACUAUGUAG